AUGGUUGAUGAAUUCUUGGAAGAUGUACAGGUUUCUACAUCCAGUGGAGAACAACGUCGAUCUAAGAGAAACACUGCGAUUCCAUCUCGUCUUGAUGAUUUUCUUAUUACUGAAAGUCUGCCAAGUGAGAACACCAAACGUCCAAACAUUCAAAUUUUCAUAGAAUGCUUGGAUGUACUGAAUGCUGAAUUCAGUCGGCGUUUUUCCACUGAAAACAUUGCACUGUGGGAAGCUAUGUCAGCAUUAUCACCAUCGUCUGAUGUGUAUCUUGAGUAUGACAUUCUCAAGCCUUUGUUUGAGUAUGCUACCACGAUUCCUGUGUUGAGAGACUUCUAUUUGAAAGAAAAACUUGCAACGAAAGAUCUGGAAGCUGAAUGCAGAAUAUACGCUCGUGUGUUUAAAGAUAAGGAAUGGCCAAAAAAUGAAAACGAGAAAAUUGAUUUAAGUGAAGUUGCCAUAAUUGUCAUAAAUAAUCACCAGAAAGGAGCUCCAAUACUAUCUUCUUUGUACAAAGUUGCUGUAACGUCGGGGUUCACGUCUACACGAGUAGAAUGUGUAUUCUCUUCCCUAACUCGAGUUGAUUCCCCUCAACGAAGAUCAAUGAAAACGCAGCGUGAGGCUGAUCUGGCUUAUCUAAGCUUUGAAAGUAAGGUUUUGCUAAAUGACAUUACCUUUGAAGAUUUUCACAAAGCUUGGAAAAUGAAACCACGAACACUAUCACUGUGA